GUCCUCCAGUUGCAUAAAUAUGUGGAACAAAUAAAAAAUCCAUUAAAGACGGCAGACAGAAUGACCUUCUUUGAUGAAAACGGUGAAUUUCCUUUCCACUACAAAAUCGUAAAUUGGAUAAAGUCUAACCGCCACUUAAGUACAAGUCAUACUGACGUUGGUUUGUACACACCAUGGGCUAAAGAAGAAGACCAACUUCACAUUAACCCCAACAAUAUAACAUGGGAUGAAGGAAAUAAUACGAUGCUGGAAUCUAAGUGUGUGGACUCUUGUUUGCCCGGAUACAGAAAAAAGACAGGAACUUCAAUCCACUCUUGCUGCUAUGACUGUGUCCCAUGUUCAGAAGGGCAGAUAUCCAAUAAGACUGACAGUGAAAACUGCAUCAAAUGUCCUGAUGAUGAAUGGCCAAAUGAGAAGAAGGAUCGGUGUCUUCCAAGAGUGGUGGAAUUUCUCUCCUACACUGAUGAUCCCAUUGUUGCAGUAUUUUCAGCUGUCUCCAUCCUCUGUUGUCUUCUGACUGGUUUAAUAUUGGGGAUAUUUAUACAUUACCAGGACACCCCCAUUGUUAAAGCUAAUAACCGGGACCUGAGCUAUAUUCUCCUGGUCUCCAUCAUGCUGAGCUUCCUCUGUGUGUUCUUGUUCCUCGGCCAUCCAGUAGAUGUGACCUGCAUGCUGCGUGUCACCUCUUUUGGUGUCAUCUUCUCAGUUGCCGUCUCUUCUCUACUUGCCAAAAGUAUCAUGGUGUGUAUUGCUUUUAAAGCCAUCAAACCUGGGAGUCCCUGGAGGAAAUGGAUGGGAUCCAAACUGCCCAAUUUUAUCAUUUGUGUCUUCUCACUGGUCCAAGUCAUCAUCUGUAUCACUUGGUUGUCUAUUUCUCCCCCCUUCCAGGAUCGGGACACUCACUCUUAUCAGGGGAAGAUCAUCAUUCAGUGUAAUGAGGGUUCAGUUAUCGGCUUCUACUCUGUCCUGGGAUAUAUGGGGCUUCUGGCAGCUGUGAGUUUCAUUAUCGCUUUUUUAGCCAGGACAUUACCGGACAGUUUUAAUGAGGCCCAGUACAUCACCUUCAGCAUGCUGGUGUUCUGCAGUGUCUGGAUUGCCAUGAUCCCGGCCUAUCUGAGCACCAAAGGGAAAUACAUGGUGGCUGUGGAGGUUUUUGCAAUAAUAACCUCAAGUAUUGGACUUCUGGGCUGUAUAUUUUUCCCAAAAUGUUGCAUAAUUCUGUUCAGACCUGACCUGAAUACAAAAACAGUUAUCCGCUAAUAUGUAUGGAGCAAACCCCGGGUUACCAGUAGUUAUACCAUUAUUCUAUUAUUAUUACCUCUAUUAUUGUUAUUUUUCAUAUUUUGCUAGUGUAUUGAGAAUGAACACUGUUAAAUUUGUUACCCUCCUCUCCUUUAAUUUUUGCUCUGAACACCACUGGAAUCAGACACUUUGGGUUUGUUGGAAAUCUUGUCUGCUACAGAACAAUAGUAGUGAGGAGGAGCAACAGUGGCUAGAGGGGAACAAAGUCUUCAAAACACCCUAAACUCAUAUCAGAGACACCUAUUACUCUUUAAGAGAGGGAAGAUUUCACUCACCACCUUCCAGAAAAAUAUGUAUUACACGUAUUAUUUUAUAAGCUGUUUGUAAUGUCAUUAUUUUAGUGUCAGGGUCACUUUAAUUAUAUUGUAUGUAGAUGAUUCUGUCUAAAUUAAUAAACAUAUUUUGUUGGCGUA